UCUCAGAGACUUGUUCCUGGAAGGAGACGGAAGGUUAACUGAUUGAGGUUUGGGUUCCCUAUAAAUUACCCGUCUGUUUGCCAAUUUUAUGUGUUCUUCAAACUGAUCGAUCUUUUAGCUUGCAUCGUGCGUGAAGUUGACUAGAGAUUUCAAGUUUAAGGUUACUCCUGCAGUUCGGUGUGCUACUAAUUUGAUUCUUCACGGAAAACAGUGGGAGAUGAGUCAGAAAGGCCUGAUAUAUAGCUUUGUUGCUAAAGGAACUGUUGUUUUAGCGGAACACACAUCAUUCUCAGGGAAUUUUAGUACCAUAGCCGUUCAAUGCUUGCAGAAAUUGCCUUCUAAUAGCAGCAAAUGCACAUACUCAUGUGAUGGGCACACAUUCAACUUCCUUCUUGAUAGUGGAUUUGUUUUUCUGGCUGUUGCGGAUGAAUCAGUUGGAAGGAAUGUGCCAUUUGUAUUUCUUGACCGUGUGAAAGAUGACUUUAAGCAGCGUUAUGGUUCAAGUAUCAAGGAUGAGAACCCUCACCCACUUGCAGAUGAUGAAGAUGACGAUGAUUUAUUUCUGGAUCGAUUCAGUGUUGCAUACACUCUUGACCGAGAAUUUGGGCCAAGGCUUAAGGAGCACAUGCAAUAUUGCAUGAGCCAUCCAGAAGAAAUGAGUAAACUUUCCAAGCUGAAGGCUCAAAUAACAGAAGUGAAAGGCAUUAUGAUGGACAACAUCGAAAAGGUUCUAGACCGCGGAGAGCGGAUUGAGCUUCUGGUAGACAAGACAGAAAAUCUACAAUUUCAGGCCGAUAACUUUCAUCGACAAGGGAGGCAACUUCGGCGAAAAAUGUGGCUGCAGAGCUUACAGAUGAAGCUGAUGGUUGGGGGAGGAAUCUUGGUCAUGAUCAUCAUAAUUUGGUUUAUUGCAUGCGGAGGUUUCAAAUGUUGAAUUUGGUAAAGUUAGUAGCAGAUGAGUGUUUUUUCACUUGGGUAAUGGCUAUGUUUGGAAACUGGCACCAAAUCUAUAUAAUACGCCUCUUGUUCUAACUUGUAAUUAGCAUUCUAUAUUACCUACCAGUUAAAAUUUAUUUGUUGGGUUUCUUCUGUCUCUUGUGUAUCGAAGAAUCUGUGUUAAAAGUGAAAUAACCUUACACUCUUUAGAUAAUAGUGAAAUAACCUUACACUCUUUAGAUAA